AGAAGAAUACAAUCAUUCCCAUCAAGAUUCUUCGCCCAAAAGUUGGAGAGUUCAAAAAAGAAGUUCCCUUAUAGAACAAGGGAAAAAGCUUCGAGUACUAACAAAAACUUCCGGAGUUCCCUUACAGAACAAGGGAAGAGAGAAUUAUUCGUCUUUAAGAACUUCUCGACGCGCGUCCGGACUCCUCACCCCGAGAGAGAGAGAGAGGGAGAGAGAGAGAGAAAGACUCCAAGAUGCUCUUUGUUCUCGCACUGUCUCAUCGGUCUCAAAGGCUCAGCUUCCUCUCGAUCGACUUUUUAUCUCGAUCUACUCCGUUUUCCUCUCUAUUUAGUUUUAAGUAAUUGUCGUAUCGUCUGAAUUUCCUUAACUUGUUUUUAUUAAGUUCAUGCAAAUUUGAUUUUUUCUUCCUCCAACUGCAAGAAAACUAGGGCUUGCUUCGGCAACUGCUUACAUUUUUCGAUUUAGGCCGAUUUCAGAUCCGAAUCCAUAAGGUACAUGGGAAUGAUUUUGAGCGCCUGGAACGUAAGUAUAGGGUGAGGAAUUAGGAUUUAUAUUGGAAUCUUAUUUAUUUGGUUUCGAAUUUUGUUAUUCAAGAAUCGAGUUUUAUUUGGAAAAUAGUUCGUGGUUCAGAAUUGUAGGUUUAAAGGGUAUAUGUUCGAUUACUUUGAGGAUUUGAGGAUUGGAGAUUUUCAAGGAAUUGGAUUUUGGAUUCUUUGGAGAAGGAAAAAAAAAUUGUUCUUGGGGAUUCGGUUGGUUGUCUCAGUCAUGUUCUAUGGUACAGUGGUAUGGGACCCUUGGCUCAUUGUUGGCCAAAUUGUUUGUCUCCAGUGCUUUUACUAUCUCACUCUUGGAGUAUUCAUGACAAUAUUUGUUGGAACUCGUGUGCCACGGAUGAGCCUCGUGUAUUUCUUUGAUUAUGCAACUAUAACUACCUCUACAGUAACUGGGUGCUGUGUCAUUGCUUCGUUUCUGUUCAGCUCGCUUGCAGGAGCUGGAUAUAUGCUCUAUCUGAUUGAGAGGGCCAAAAAGUGCUUAGAUUUCUCAGCCACUGUGUACGUCAUCCAUCUCUUCAUAUGCAUUGUGUAUGGAGGUUGGCCUUCCUCGAUGACAUGGUGGGUUCUGCAUGGUACUGGAAUUGCAGUGAUGGCUUUGCUAGGUGAAUAUCUGUGCAUUAGACGGGAACUGCGUGAGAUUCCCAUUACACGAUACCGUUCAAAUGUUUGACUGGUAAGACAAACUGGAUAGGCAAGAACAAAUAUUCUGUGCUGGGAUGCUGUUCAAUAGAAUCAAUAUCAUUGAAGAUCUCCUGGAUCAAGCUUAUGAAAUAGUGAAUCUUAUAUGUGAUUAGAGAGGGGGAAAAAAAACAGAAGAAAAAGAAGAAGAAAUUUCCUUAACCCUGCAUUCUUUCUUAUGCUGGUGGCUGUUUCAAAAGAUGACCAAAAGAGUUUGAGAUGGUGUUGAAAUGUUGGGAAGGGGGUGAAAAAAAUGUGACUAGGUAUGCAUUGUGCAUUGGAUACUGGGUUGAGUUGAGAUGAAAGUUUAAAAUAUUAUUUAUUAAUAUUAUUAUUAUUUUGAGAUUUGAAAAAAUUGAAUUAGAAUUUAAAAAAGUUGAAUUAUUUAUUAUAUUUUGUGUUAGAAGUUAAAAAAGUUGUAAUGAUUAGAUGAGUUGAGUUGGGUUGGCUAACCAAACGCAACCUAAUACUUAAUAGUUAGUUUUGAAAUGUGAUGCUUAGUUUAUUUGGUUUUUAUUCCAUAAGAUGAUAUGAGUUGCCA